AUGAAUGGCAAACAGCCACAGUUGAUCGGUAGAGGCAAUGCUUCUAACGGGCUCGCCAAUGAACAAUCACCUCUUCUUUCCCACGGCUGUGCAAAGCCUCAACAGCCCAACGAUGAAGAGGGUCCAGGUCUGAAAGAUGAGCCCUCAACUAGACAUCUCGUGGCUGUCUUUGGCAGUAUCUUUAUCGGGGUUUUCCUCGCUGCUCUUGACACUACCAUCGUCGCUACCCUCUCUGUCCCCAUCUCCAACACCUUCGGAUCGUUGACUCUCGUCUCGUGGCUUGGGUCAUCAUACCUCAUUGCAAACGCAGCUUGUCAGCCUCUGUCCGGCCGACUAACAGAUAUCUUCUCUCGUCGCUCCGGCCUCGUUCUCUGCAACAUACUCUUUGGUCUUGGAACAUUACUGUGUGGAGUCGCGACCUCGAAAUGGAUGCUUCUCGCUGGACGGGUCGUGGCGGGCAUGGGUGGCGGGGGUCUCAAUGCUAUUACGGCGUUCGUUGCCAGUGAUCUCGUACCUUUGAGAAGACGUGGGGUCAUCCAAGGCUUUGUGCAUAUUUGUUACGGCGUUGGCGCUGGUCUUGGUGGGUUGUUCGGAGGUUGGAUCAAUGACCUCUGGGGUUGGAGGACUACGUUCCUGAGUCGCGUGCCAUUGAUUGCUAUUUCCACCAUUCUCGUUUCUGUUAUCCUACGCGAUGCCCCUACAAAACACAGCGAUAAGUCGAGAUUGUCGAGGGUCGACUUAUCUGGUGCUUUCACUCUCUCUUUGACUCUGAUAUUGCUACUGUUGGGCCUCAACUCUGGUGGAAAUCUCGUUGCAUGGGGCCAUCCCCUUGUCCUGGCCUCCCUAUCGCUUUCAGUGGCAGCCGCCGGGGCUUUUGUCCUUGUUGAGUCGAGAUGGGCCAUGGAACCUAUCAUCCCAAUGCAUCUAUUGCUCGAUCAGACAGUACUCGCGGCAUGUCUGAUGAAUUGUCUUGUGACAAUGAUCCUAUUCAUGGCUACAUAUUACGUCCCCAUCUUCUUUCAAGUCAAUGGCUACUCCACAACAGCUGCCGGCCUUCGUCUCUUGCCGCAGAGUGUAGGCACAGCUUUGAGUUCUCUCACCUGUGGCUUCAUAAUGAAACGUACAGGGAGAUACAGAAGCUUGGGUAUGACCGUCAUAGCGUGUUCUAUUCUUGGCUUCGUUGGCCUGAGUACUAUGACGAUUCAAACACCGACUCCCCUCGUCUUGACUUAUGUCUUGUUGGUUGGAGUGGGGUACGGUGGCAUGUUAUCCGUUUCAUUACUCGCAACAGUCGCGGCAGUGUCGCAUAAAGAUCAAGCUAUCGCAACCUCUGCCAUCUACGCUUUCCGAUCAAUGGGUUCCACGAUUGGUGUCACGGUUGCGUCGGUGGUGUAUCAGAACUUGCUACAGUAUGGCUUACAUCAACGUUUCGACAGCAAGGAAGGAUCCUACAAGAUAAUAAAGCGCCUUAUUGACUCUUUAGAUGAGCUGAAGCGGCUCCCUGAUGGGUGGAGUAACGGCGUUUAUGAGGCAUACGAGAUUUCAUUGCGAGGAGUCUUUUGGACUGCACUCGGCGUAGCCGUCUUGGGGCUGGUGGCGGCAACUUACAUCAAGGAGCACAGGUUACAUCAGACGAUCUCUCGUGCAGAUAACGAUUGA